GACAUACUGUAUACUGUGUAGUGAUAUUCUGUGUUCUGAGCCUCAACAAUUACAGGCUGAUCCACUGCAACCAUGAACACCUCUGAGCUCUUCUACAGCAGUGACUCCCACCAUGAGAACAUUAUCUUUUCUGUCUUUUACAUCCUGGUUUUCAUCGUCGCCGUGCCCGGGAACGCUUUGGCACUGUGGGCCUUCUUUCACAAGGAGAACACGUCUCCAUCUAGGGUCUUCCUGGGGCACCUUUCUGUGGCAGACAUGUCUUACAUCCUCAUUUUACCCAUGAGAAUAGUUUACCACCUGUCAGACAACCACUGGCCCUUUGGACACAUCCUCUGCAAACUGUCAGGCUUCCUCUUCUACCUGAACAUGUACUGCAGCCUCUACCUGAUGAGUCUGAUCAGCCUGGACAGAUUUCUAGCUGUGGUUUUACCUUUAAAGUCUCUGUCAGUCAGGAAGGCUAAAUAUGCAAAGGUAGCCGUUGGUGUUCUUUGGGUGAUGGUUAUUGUCUGUAUGAGUCCUAUACUUUUUUCUGUCAGGGAUGUGACCAGCUCCCCUGGAACCUGCAACAAUCUCUACUUAGAAAAGACAACUCCCAAGGCUUUGGUUUCAACUAUUGUGGCGUUUGUUAUUCCCCUCACCACUGUGGUGGUUUCCUACAUACUGAUUCUGCUGAAACUGAGAACACUGAAACAACGAGAAGAACGGCCUGUGAAAGACAAAGCGAUGAAAAUGAUCAUCCUCAUUGUGACCAACUUCCUCUUUGCGUUUGUGCCCUAUCACGUGAGCCGGGUCAUCUACAUCAUGACUGCAGCAGCAGAAGACCGCUGGUCACUGGAAACAGCCAAUCGGAUCACAUCGGCCCUCACAUGUGUCAGUGGCGUGCUGGACCCGGUCAUGUACUUCUUCCUGAACCAAGCGUACAGGAACCAACUGAUCCUGCUGUUCUGUAAAAAGAGAAGAGGGCACAAAUGAAUAAUUAAUAUGUUUAGACAAUAGAUUUAUAUAUAGUAUAACUAAUUGUCUUUUUUUGGUUUCAUUUUUAGUGUUGGUUUGAACUGUUAAUGCAUUAAUUUGACCUCUACAAUAAAGUAUACAUCAGUGCACAAUAAAUUAUUCUAGGGCUCAGCAAUGUGGCCAAAAGUUAUAUCAAGAUAAAAAUGUUCAUAUCAGGCAAUAUUAGUAAUUAUCCCGAUAAAUGUGACAUUAUUUUCAUUUCUUUUAAGUGUACAUUUGAUAAAUAAAAAAUCAAUCAUCAAGUUAUCAAUUCUGUUUUCAUAUUUGUAUUUGCACAAUACAUAAGCAGUAUAAUCAAUAUACAUUGGACUUUGUUUUAUUGCCUGGUCCAAAUGUAUUCCAUUUAUCUUCCAGGCACUGUCUUGAAUUUUAAAAUUCAGAGAGUAAUUAUUUGGGUCAGUGUUUGUAUGAAAAGAAAAUAUUUAAAAAUAAAUAAAUG